AUGCUUAAACCACUGACAAUCAAAUUCAACAAAGUGAAGCCCAUGGAAGGGGCGAAGGAGCAGAAACCCUGCCCUCACCUGAGCAGGGAGGCUCAGCCAUCCACAGCACAGGGAGACAACAGUGGAAAAGAAUCUCUGAGGACCAGAAGGAUACCAGUCAUGUUUGAAAAAUCACACACCAAAGAACAAGACAACAACACUGAGAAAAACUCCCUCAGAGACUUCACCACAAGUCCUGACCCUGAUUGUUCGGAAGAACUCACGGGAAGGAUGUCAGAGAUAGAGCAAACCAGGACUAGGAAAGAAAAACCAGCCAGCUUUAAGAGCAAAAUGCCUGCAACCUCAAUUAUAAAUGAAUACGCUGACGCCCACCUACACAAGCUUGUGUCAAGAAUGCGGGAAAGGACUGCUCUCUACAAGAGAACGCUGACAGAGGGAGAAAAUACCUCCUCACCCGAAGCUAGCUCCCAUAGUGUAAAGUCUACAGAUAUAUCACCAACACAAGCGGACAAUUCUAAGCUAAAAGAACCCCACCAUGACACAUGGUCCUGCCAACUCCAGAGGGCACCUGCUAAAGAGUACCUAAGAAGAGUGAGACUUCCGAGAAGCAUAGAUGCACACUCAGAUCGGGUCUACCUCCUGUGGCUCCUGCUUGUCACCAUUGCCUAUAACUGGAACUGUUGGCUGCUCCCAGUACGCCUCGUCUUCCCGUACCAGACACCAGACAACAAGCACUACUGGAUUAUUGCCGACAUCAUAUGUGAUAUCAUCUACCUUGGUGAUAUAUUAUUGAUCCAACCAAGACUCCAAUUCAUACAAAGAGGAGAAAUUAUCGUAGAUUCAAAUGAGCUGAAGAGACACUACAGGACUUCUACAAAAUUUCAGAUGGAUGUAGCAUCUCUAAUGCCGUUUGAAGUUCUCUGCAUCUUCUUUGGAUUUAAUCCAAUAUUUAGAAUGAACCGGAUAUUAAAGUUCACUUCAUUCUUUGAGUUUAAUCAUCACCUGGAGUCUAUAAUGGACAAAGCAUAUGUCUACAGGGUCAUCCGAACAACUGGCUACUUGCUGUUUCUUCUGCAUGUCAAUGCCUGUGUUUAUUAUUGGGCUUCAGACUAUGAAGGAAUUGGCACAACUAAGUGGGUCUAUAAUGGUGAAGGAAACGAGUAUCUGAGAUGUUAUUAUUGGGCAGUUCGAACUUUAAUUACUAUUGGGGGCCUUCCAGAGCCACAGACUUCAUUUGAAAUUGUUUUUCAACUCGUGAACUUUUUUUCUGGAGUUUUUGUUUUCUCUAGCUUAAUUGGUCAGAUGCGUGAUGUAAUUGGAGCAGCAACAGCCAAUCAGAACAACUUCCAUAUCUGCAUGGACCAUAUCACUGCCUACAUGAAAAAAUACUCUAUUCCUCAGAGUGUGCAGCAUCGAGUUCGGACUUGGUUGGAAUAUACAUGGAGCUCUCAAAGAAUAUUAGAUGAGUCCAAGUUGCUUAAGAACCUGCCAACAGCAAUGCAGUUAUCUCUUGCCAUUGACACAAACUUCAGCAUCAUCAACAAAGUGGAGUUGUUCAAGGGCUGUGACACACAGAUGAUUUAUGACCUGCUGCUAAGACUGAAAUCCACUAUUUAUUUACCUGGUGACUUUGUCUGCAAAAGGGGAGAAAUUGGAAGAGAAAUGUACAUCAUCAAGCAUGGAGAAGUCCAAGUUCUUGGAGGCCCCAGCGGUGCUCAAGUUCUGGUUACCCUAAAAGCUGGGGCAGUGUUCGGGGAAAUCAGCCUUCUGGCAAAAGGAGGAGGCAACCGCCGAACGGCUGACGUGGCGGCCCACGGGUUUGCCCACCUUUUAACUCUGGACAAAAAGACUCUCCAAGAAAUUCUGGUGCAUUAUCCAACUUCUAAAGAGCUCCUCAUGAGGAAAGCCAGAGUCCUUUUAAGCCAUAAAGGGAAGACCACACAAGCAAUCUCUCCAAGAACAGCGCCUGGCUUUCUUUUCCCACCAAAAGAAGAGACGCCCAAAAUGCUCAAAGCUCUCCUGGGAAAAAAAGGAAAGGCAGACCUCAGAAGACUCCUCAAAGGAAAGCGAGAACAAGCCGCUCAGAAAAAAGGUGAAAAUUCCAAAGGAAGAAUGGGGGAAGGAAAAGAAUACGAAGAUAAGGGAACAGAGCCAUCAGAAAAAACACUGGACAGGUCCAAAUGCAGAGUAAGUUCUAUCAUAGCAGAGGAAAUUCCCCAGUUGAUUGAAAAGGCAGUUUUGCCCAGAGGACCUGCCUGUCAACCAUUCAUCAGCAGCAUGGUUCCUGCUAUUGAAGCUGGGGAAGAGAUUCUGACUAUCGAAGUCAAAGAAGGAUAA